UCUAGGACCCCCAGCUGCAGCUUACACCUCACCCACAGCUGUGGCCUUAUACUCACCCUCUACCACAGCCAUGGCUCAGUCACUGGCUCUGAGCCUCCUUUUCCUGGCCCUGGCCUUCUGCAUCCCCUGGACCCAAGGCAGUGAUGGAGGGGCACAGGACUGUUGCCUCAAGUACAGUGUAAGGAAGAUUCCUGACACGCUUGUUCGCAGCUACAGGAAGCAGGAGCCAAGCCUGGGCUGCCCCAUCCCGGCUAUCCUGUUCUCACCUCGGAAGCGCUCUCAGGCAGAGCUGUGCGCAGACCCUAAGGAGGCCUGGGUGCAGAGGUUGAUGCAGCGUCUGGACACAUCACCAGCCCCACGGAAACCGCGCUGUAAGAAGGACAAGUCUGGCAAGAAGAGAAAGGGCUCCAAAGGCUGUAAGAGGACUGAAGAGCCGCAGACCACCCAGACCCCCCAAAAGCCAUAGCCCAGUGCCCGGCUUGGAGCCCAGGGAGCCCUCAUCAGCUGCACCAGGGUUUGGAGCCCCUAUCCAAGGGACAAGAAGAGGACUAGACGAGAGGGAGGACUCAGGGGCCCCAGAGCAGUCCUUCUACCCCCAUGCUGGCCUUGCCUCAGCCCUUCUCCUGCUUCAGCGAUCCCUCCUGUAUUUCUAGCCCCCGCCGCAGGGCUGAGCUGCCCACACCAGGCCAGGCCCAGAGAGGCAGAGGAGGGAGUGUGAGAGGAGGCAGCAGGACUGUCCCCUCUGAGGAAAGGUCACCCAGGACCCUGGACCUGACCCUGCUCCCCGCUGCACCCACCGCUUCCUUGUAAAUAUGAUUUAUAAACCGAAUAAAAAGCUGUUCUGGCUUCCCACCCAGGUA